AGACUAUGCUGACUGCCACAAAAUGGAUGCGGCGUUCUAGUCACAGUGUAUAUGGUUGGACAAUCGAGGUAAGAAUAACAAGCAGUGCUAACCAAACCUGUUUGAUUAUUCAUGGAAAAGGAGAAAUCAAAUUCCAUAAGAACUUAUGAUGAGGACGGGUUUAUUAGACGAGCGGCUUGCCUUUGCGUAAAAAAUGAAGACGAAAAUGAGGUAUUACUAGUGACUAGUGGUCGGGUCCCCGGGCAGUGGAUAGUCCCAGGCGGUGGACUUGAACCAGACGAAGAACCAAGCAUUGCAGCUAUAAGAGAAGUCAUGGAGGAGGCUGGUGUACGAGGAACCUUAGGACGGUUUCUAGGAACCUUUGAGAAUUCUGAGAGGAAACAUAGAACCUCUGUGUACGUGUUACUUGUGACUGAAGAACUCGAAGUCUGGGAAGAAUCUCAAAGUAGGGGACGGAAGAGGAAAUGGUUCCCUGUUCAGGAAGCUGUGAAGGUAUUAGCUGAACACAAGCCUGUACAGUGUAAAUAUCUGAAAUUGCUUCUAAAAAGUAAUUCAUUCCCUUGACAUUUGGCUGUUGCUUAUAGCUACAAAUCUACCCAACGUUUAUCUGAGAUGUUACGUACUUGCACUUCUUCACAAACAACUGUGGCUGUACCAGCUUAAUUCUCAACAUAGUAAAGACAGAACUUCAGCAGUUUGGAAGAGCCCUUAUAAUGAUGCUACAAAGUCAAAAAUAAAAUGUUUACAAACGUGAUUUCUCUAUGGGCACAAACUAAACUGUAAUUGUUUUCCGAUACAAUUUUUAUAUGUUUUAGUUUAUCCAAAUUUUAGUAAGAGUUGAUUUGAACCUAUGGUUUGUAUUGUAUCAAAAUGCAUUUAGGUAUUUAGGUUCAAAUUUUUGUCGUGCCUUGUCGCUAGCACAAUAAGGCAUGAUAAUUAUAUUGUAGACUUGUAUAUUUUUAUUCAGUUUCAUAUAAUUUCACAUACUAUAAAACACCCGGCCAAGCUGUGGUUUCUAAGUAUUCUUAUUAUGAAUUACCCCAUACGAAAGAUUUGAUUGUUAUGAAACUAGAAACAUUACAAAUGAAAAGUAAUGUUGACACGACCAAUUCCUUCAUUUAACUUCUUAACGCUUUAUAAAAUAUAUCUACCUAAAUAAACUUCACAGCAAAAAAAGGGCAGUUAAGUCAGGAAAAAAUGUGUAUUUGUAUUUUCGAACAAGGCUUGUCAGUUUGGAAAUACAGAGCUCUACCACAACGCCAACCUGUUCCCCAAAUGUGUUUCAUUAAGUAUUAGGUCGCCUAUAUCAAUAUAUUUCAAACUCCCUAAUAAGAUGUUUAGCUUGUCUUGUUUUUUGUUUGUUACGUAAUUUGUUGGCCUCACUCGUAAUUAUAGUACUCCUUGAAAAAUUAAUAGUUUAAAAGCAAUUCUGCUACAUGAAAAUAUAAAUUAUUGAAAGAAAUAUUUUUUAUUAAGUAGUUCUAUUAAAAAAAUAAUUAAACAUAAUAUAAAAGAAACACUUUAUACGUUAGAGGGCACUGACUAGCAUGUGUUCAGUUAAUUUCGAGCUUGUGGUCGCCAGUAAUAAAUGUUUUAUCCUUUACCUUUCAAGUUCAACCUCAUUGGAAGAAGCGGAAUUAUACUGAAAGGAAUGACUAACUUGCAAAGUGUAGGUAGAUCCAUAUCUAUAGCUAAAUGGUAUUGUGGUUUGAAUUAUGAGGACAACAAUUAAUAUGAUGAUCAACAUACUUAUUCAUUAGGAACUCGGUUGCAGACACCAGCGGCUGAAUAAUAACUUUAAUCUACAUGAUUAAAAAUUGUAGUGUGAACUUUUUAAGAUUCUUUUCUUGACGACAUUAUGCCACCAGUAUUGUGAGUAACGAUAAUGAAUGUUAGAAGCAUUACUAAAAAGUCUGCGUCAGAAAUAGAUCAUGCAUUAUAUACGAACGUUUUUUAUCCAUUGAAUUAAGUUGUGAUAAGAGUUUACUAUAUAUUAUAUGGUUUGUUAUCGAAGGAAAGAAAACUUAUAAUCUGUGAAUAUGUCAUUUGUUGAUAGAAGGAGCUCUUUAUUUGCUGCAUCAGUAACUUCACAAUCUCGAGAAUACUGUGUUGAAACGAAUAAUAAUUUAAUAUAGAUUUUUGAUGAACUUUUUUUUGGGGUUUGAAAUAAGUUCAGUUGAUAUUGCUCAAUUUACGUUUACUGGACAGUUAUAUGGCUAAUAAAAUUUUAAUCAGUUAAUUUAUUUCUAAUAAUUAUCUAAAGAAAUAAGUAAUGUAAACAGUGCAGCUCACCAAAGAAAAAUAUUUAAUACUUUUUUUUGUUGGUUUUUGGCUUAAAAUGCCAUUAAAACAUAAUUGGAGACUUUCGUAGUACCCACGUCAUUUUCGGGUAAUUUUCAGUGAAAAAAUUAUAUAACACAUAUAACAGGCGAAUGCUCACGUCCUGACGUAGAAAAUAAAAAUUCUCGCUUGA